AUGGCCAUCGAAUCGUUAAUGGAGCGUCGCGGCCAAUUCGACUACAUCCUACUUGAGACGACCGGCCUCGCAGACCCGGGCAACAUCGCGCCAGUGUUCUGGGUCGACGAUAACCUCGGCAGCUCGAUCUACCUCGACGGCAUCGUGACUCUCGUCGACGCUAAGAACAUUCUUAGACUAUUAGAUGAGCCGGCACCGGAAGAGAAGGUGUCGAGUCACGAAGACGGACAGCUUCAGAAGACACCACAGCCUGAUGGGGAGCAUGACCACGAGCACAACGGUCCCGUUCUAUCGAUGGCUCAUAUGCAGAUCUCGCAUGCCGAUGUCAUUAUCCUGAACAAGGCGGACCUAGUCACGCAGGAGGAGCUGGAUGCCGUGCGGGAGAGGAUCCUGGGCAUCAACGCCGUCGCGAAGAUCCAUGUGACAGAUCAUAGCAAGACGCCGCAGAUCGAGGGUGUUGUACUAGAUCUGCAUGCGUAUGAUCAUCUGGCUAGUAUAGAUUUCGGGGAGAAGGGACAUAGUCAUAUCGACCCGGCAAUCUCAACAAUUGCAAUCACCACACCUCCCAUUUCCCCCUCUCAAGUCCCCAAAGUCGACGCCUGGCUGCAAUCCAUCCUCUGGGACUCCACCCUCCCCUCGUCCUCAUUAACCUUUCAACCCCACCCCACAGAUUUUGACAUCCACCGUCUAAAAGGCAUCCUCGUUCUCAACGACGGAACACAUAAGAUCAUCCAAGCCGUGCGCGCGAUCUUUGAGAUCCAGGAUGCCGGUCUAAUUUCGGCCUCGGGCGACGGCGAGGCCGAGAAUAAGAAAACGCAGUGUAAGAUCGUGCUGAUUGGACUGAGACUUGGUAAGGAUGCACAAGCGUGGCAGCGGAGUUUCGAGGAGUUUUUGACGAGGGAUUAA